UUGGCGUCUUGCAGGAAUGACUGCAUCCGCUUCAGCAGCGAAGCCGCGGAGGGAUUUGAGCUUCUGGAUCAGCAGAUCGCCGAGUAGUUGAGAUUGCCUUGCCGCCUUUGCUGCUGCCAUGACGAUCACUCGUUAGCUAAGUAUCGGGUAGUAUAAAGCAGAGCAUACAAAUUGAAUAGUACUAAGCACUCGAAGAAUAGUCUUGGUGUGGCCUACUUCACUAAUGCCAUACUAGUAGUCAGUAGGGACAAAUGAUGCACGAUAUCCGAAUGUAUCAUCCAUCACCAGUCAAACAAAUUCUAAAAUAUCGAUCGACAUGGCAGCGGAGGCUGCGAUCUCAACGGCGGUGGAGGUUCUCGGCAGUCUCCUAAUUCAGAAGGUGAAAUCCCUGCGAAGCGUCGAGGGAAAGGUGCGGUCGCUGAAAGAAGAGCUGGAGUGGAUGCAAUCUUUCCUCAAAGACGCAAACAGAAAGCAAGCUGAAGACGAAGGAGUCCGCAAUUGGAUAAGGAAGAUCAGAGAAGUCGCUCAAGACGCCGAAGACACCAUCGAAAUGUUCCUCAUCAAUGUCGAGAACGCCAACAGCAGAGGCAGCAGUCUUCUCAAAAGCUGCAGCAGCUUCCCGAAGCGCAUGUACUACCUCGACCGAAUCGGGGAUGAAAUUGAUUCGAUCCGCGCUAGGCUCGACGCAAUCGACAAAAGCCGCGAGAGGUUCGGGAUUAGAGAGGCGUCGGAGCCGGUACUGAGUCUGGACAUCGAAUCGCGGCGGCGGUUGGCUCCUACGCAAAAUGACGAACAGGUGGUGGGCAUUGAGGGCGAUGUGAGGGAGGUGGUGCGGGAGUUGCUUCUAGAUGAGGGGAAGGGAGGGGUUUGGGUUGGGGUUAUUGAGGGGAUGGGCGGGAUUGGGAAAUCGACGCUUGCGAGGGAAGUGUACAACCACCGCGACGUGGCGGGCGGCGGCGGAUUUGAGUGCCGUGGCUGGGUUGUGGUUUCGAGUGAAUUUACGCCAAGGGAGACGAUGAAGCAGCUGAUUUUGGAGUUGCCUGGGUCGGACAGACGGAAGGUGCGGGAAGUGGAGGAAUCGAGCAAGGACGAGUUGUACAUUCAGCGGAAGCUGCAGGAAAUGCUUCGGGAGCAGCUGCAGGGGAAGAAUUACCUGAUUGUUCUCGAUGAUGUGUGGGAGAAGGAACAUUGGGAAUACUUGAAGAGUUCUUUCCCCAAUCAAAAAGUUCUUGUACUGACAGAUAAACGUAGUAGAUUGCUGCUUACAACUCGAAACAAGGUUAUUGGAAAGUACUGCCAAUAUGUGCACAAGAUGAAGGCUUUGGACUUGGAGAAGAGCUGGGAAUUAUUACUGGAAAGGGCAUUCAUUGGUAGCAAAAAUGAAGAAUGUAUGAAGGAAUUAGAAUGCAUAGGGGCACAAAUCUUGGAAAAAUGCCAUGGUCUGCCCUUAGCUAUUAGUGUUGUAGGAGGCUUACUCAUGCAAACACAAACCAAGAAUGGAUGGGAGCAAGUUUAUAACCAAUUAAACUCUUACUUAGGAACAUAUGAAAGUAAUGUAUCAGCAAUUUUGGAGUUGAGUUAUCAGAAUCUGUCUCCACAGUUGAAAUCAUGCUUCUUGUGCCUUGCCUUUUUCAAGGAAGACUCGACUAUUCGGGCGAAAAGGUUGUUGAAUGUAUGGGUCGGGCAAGGCUUGAUCCAGCAAACAGGAAGCGGAACAGUAGAUGAGAUAGCAAGAGGUUACUUAAACGAGCUGAUAAAUCGAAACAUGGUUCAGGUCGAGGAUGUAAUCAUCGGAGAUCGAGUACGAAACUGUCGCCUCCACGAUCUGAUUCGUGAGGUUUGUUUAAGAAAAGCCAAGGAGGAAAUAGGUUUGGAGAUUGUGAAGGGGCAGGACGUGAUCUCCUGCUUGUAUAAGCCUCGUCACCGUGUUGUCUAUGGGAAGAAUCUCGACACUUCCUCGCCGAGUCAUAAUAAGUAUCUUCGCUCUCUUUUCAUACUCAAUGUCGAUAGUGAUGGCAAUGCUUACAUGACUACUCCAUCUCAUUACUGGAAGAGCUUCAAACUCCUUAAAAUGCUCGACCUCGAUGGUUUCGCGUUUCAAAAGCUGCCUCGCUCGGUUCAGCUGCUGACUGGAUUGAAGUGUUUGAGGAUUCGUAAGUCUCACAAUAUCUUCCGUGAUGUCUUGGAGCUCCCAACAUGGUUGGAGAGCCUUAAAAAACUCGAGAUCCUCUGUGUGGAGAAUCAGUAUGUGAAGUUCCCAAAGGAUGCACUGAGAUUGGAAAAACUGCGUCACUUCCACGUGCACAGCGUGUAUGGAAGAGCCAUGAAGGUAGAGAACUGGAAAAGUAUUGAGAGUUUGAAACUGAUCCGGCUCGAGGAUUGGCUCGAAUGCAGCUCGGGACUAACGGGCCGUUGUCAUGUUCGGAAACUAGGUAUACAUAUGAUUGAAACAGAAAGGCAGAAUGAGCUACAGAGAUCAUUAGAGAAGAUGGUGAAUCUUGUGGAACUACACCUAGAAUUUAAUCCGACAUCGUUGAUGAGUCCGAAAAUCAUCCCCCGUCUCAACGGUCUUACUAAGCUUAAACUGGAUGGUGGGAUGCUCGAAUGCUCUUCUGCGAGUGAGUUCCCUCCGAAUCUUUCUCGCCUCACGUUGGAGUACGUAAGGCUGGUUGAAGAUCCGAUGCCGGAGUUGGGGAAGCUUCCGAAGCUACAAUACUUAAAGUUAUAUAGACGGCGCAUUUCUAACGAGGAGUGGAGGAUGAGAGUAUUGCGCGAGGGGUUCCCCUGCCUCGAAGCGCUCUCGCUCGAAAACUUGAAUCGACUAAGAGGUAUCGACGUGGAAGAGGGUGGAAUGCCGCGCCUCAGACAACUCCGGAUCCGUAAAUGUCCCAAUCUGGAGAUUGAGAAUCUUCCCGAGCACAUCAAAUGUGCUGUCGCAACAGCCUAAGUACAAGUGCUUAGAUUCAGCUCUUGGAUUUUUGUGGUUUGGUAUAUCUAAAAUGUGUAUGUAUAGUAGUGCAAGGUUUGCCAAUUUAUGGUGUUAAAACAUGAACACUGAGCUAUUUUGGACUAGAAGAGAGUCCUUGGAAUUUGGAAUGAUACAUAAUCUUAUAUCUA